AUGUUCAUUUCUUUACCAACACAGGCGCUCGUCGCUCUCGUCUGGAUCCUAGCCCUCCUCAUCUCGCGGCUCGUUCUUCUGAACGCAGGGAUCAGCGGCUCGGAGCACGAUACACUGUUCAUGGAGGAUCCAACCUCAGUGGACAAGGUGCCGCUGCCCUCGCUGUUUGCUCCGGCAGAGAAGUACCUCACUGUGGUGUGCCCUGCUUAUAACGAGGACAGCAGAAUCGCCGCCACUCUGGAUGAAAUUAUCAGUUAUCUGCAAGAGCGAUCAGCUAAGGACGCUGCUUUCACCUACGAGGUCCUAGUGGUGGACGAUGGCAGCACUGACAACACUGUGGGAGUCGUGUUUGACUAUGUUAAACGGCUUGGGAUCGACCGCGUGAGGGUGGUGAAGCAGAGAAUAAAUCAAGGGAAGGGAGCGGCUGUUAGGAAGGGCGCUCUAUGUUCACGCGGUGAGCUCAUCCUUUUUGCCGAUGCGGACGGUGCAACGCGGUUCACAGAUCUAGAGAAGCUGGAGAGAGAGAUCGUCAGCAUGGCCAAGGGGGGACCGUUUGACAGCCAAUCACCUGUUGCCACGUGUCCUGGCAUUGGCAGCGCCUCACUGGUGGCUUUUGGUUCGCGCGCUCAUCUUGAGAAGAAAGCGCUUGUCACGCGCAAGUGGUAUCGCAACGUGCUCAUGUACGGCUUCUACUUUGCAGUGCUGCUUGCAACAGGGGGGACGGGAGUGAGAGACACACAGUGUGGGUUCAAAAUGUUCACUCGCUCAGCUGCCCGAAAACUCUUCCGCAAUCAGAGGCUCAACAGAUGGACCUUCGAUGUGGAGUUGCUAUACCUGUGCAAGCAGCUUCACAUCAGGGUUGCCGAGGUUGCAGUUGCCUGGACGGAAAUCCCAGGGUCCAAGCUCCGGCCUACCAGCAUACUCCAUAUGCUCUUUGAGCUUGCCCUGAUUCGCAUCGGUUACGGGCUGCGCAUUUGGAAGAUCAAACAGGACCUCUGCUCUUUCGCCUCUCGCGCAAUCGUUACGUUUCUGUUACUGUCGGCCCCUCUCGCUCUCCGCUCUCGCGCUUGUCCUGAAUCGCCCUCAUGUCGCCCACCCCGUAUCUUCCCUCCGUUCCCGUGGCCUCCGCGCUCUCCCCUCCCAUCCCAUCGCCCUCGUGCCUUCCUUCCCGCUCCCGCGCCUUCGUCUCACCCGUCCCGUCCCUUCUCGUCGCCUUCUUACCCACUCAUCCCGCACCUUCCUCUCUCCCUUCGCAUCACUCACCUCGUCACCCUCCCUUUCCUCCCGACGCCAUCCCGUUUCCCGUCGCCCUCCGUACAGUUAGGCUUCGCGAUCUGCUCUCUCAUCCCAUCGUGCUCCCGUUUCCCAUCGCGUUCUGUUCAGUUAGCCUUCGCGAUCAGCUCUCCCAUCCCGUCGCCCUCGUUAUCUCUCCACGCUGCCCGUCGCGCUCCCUAUCUCCCCCCUCUCCCUGUCGCGCUCGCUAUCUCCCCCCUCUCCCUGUCGCGCUCGCUAUCUCCCCCCUCUCCCUGUCGCGCUCGCUAUCUCCCCCCUCUCCCUGUCGCGCUCGCUAUCUCCCCCCUCUCCCUGUCGCGCUCGCUAUCUCCCCCCUCUCCCUGUCGAGCUCGCUGUCUCCCCCCCUCUCUCGUCGCGCUCGCUAUCUCCCCCCCUUUCCCCGUCGCCCUCGCUACCUCCACGGUUAUUUCCGAGCAGAGAGCAAUGUGCUGCUGA